CAGUCAUGGUGGGGAUAACGUUAUUCGAGUCGCGCAAGAUGUUGGUAUCCUCUCGUAUCUUUGUAAUCAUGAAAUAAUCUAUAUAUAAUAACCGAAAUUGAUAAUGAAAGAAAGGAAAAAUGUGGCAGAAAGUGAAUCUGAAGUCGAUGCUAUUAGUAAAUACAGUGGGUCAGGUGGGGCUACUGAUUUCGUCGUUUCUUUUGCCCUUUCUGGACUCUUGUCGAUGAUGUUUAAAACUCUAACCGCGCCACUAGAAAGAAUCAAAUUAAUUCUACAAACACAGGCGAGUAGUUAUCAAAUAGGAACGACGGAAAGAACCCCAUACUCAGGUUUCCUGGACGCACUCAUUAGAAUACCCAAAGAACAAGGUUUUCUUUCUUUCUGGCGUGGUAACCUGCUCAAUAUAUGUCGAUAUUUUCCAGCCCAAGCAAUUAAUUUUUCCUUUUUUGAUAUAUACUACAACGCCUUUCAAAAAGAGAGGAGUCUUCUAUCACUUGCCUUUUCUUGGGAGACACUCCUCUACACUUUCUAAGGGAAAUAAUUACGUUCGCACAUAAACAUU